UCACUCUGCUUUCAAUUUUUUGUCGUCUCUGAGAAGGAAAAAAGUGAUACUGUUACAGUUUUUUUUGAAAGAAGAAAAUCAAGGGUUUCUACUGUGAUUUUUGCUUCACGUUGAGAUCAGGAAUGAGGAGAAACCCAAAAGCUUCAAUCGACCCGAUCCGCGCAAGCAAGAGGAUAGCCAAAGCAAAAAAUGUGAUGAAUCCGAUAGUUGCCAUUGAAGCAAUAAAUAAGAGGAACCCUGAAGUUGCCGGAUCGGAAGUAAUUACAAGGAAGACAACAGUGGUUCCAGAAAUUGCUGAUGAGUCAACAUUGACGAAGAAGAUCAAAGCAUCCAAUAAAACAGCCGAUACGAAGAGAGGCAAAAGGCCCUUUGCAAGUAAAGUUCCAGAGACAGAUAGCAACUACAAAACUCUGUAUUUUGACUCGCAAAAAAAGGUUGAGGAUUUGACAGAGCUAAACCAUAAACAAGCUAUUGAUUUGAGCUACCGGAGUGGACAAGUUGAUGCAUACGAGUAUAUAAUUGGAAAUAUGAAGAAUGUGGUGGCCUUCUCAAGUACAAUGAGAGCAACUGAUGAAGAGAUGAACUUGUCUAAAGGAACUGCUCCGGAUGGUCCUUCGUUGAACCUGAACCAUCUCGAAUGACAAGAACAUAUUCGUAGAACGUGUGUUCAUCAUCCUCAUUGGUAGUGAAUGUUUUUGGUGGCCUUCCAUUUAUUUGGUGGUGUUAAAUGUACAUGUAUGUUUGAAAUUAAUAACUCUUGGUUGGUUUCUCUGCAACUAGUAGUUUGAACUCUUGUUGGUAAAGCUGAAAGUUGGUGUUGAAUGUAAUUAAAUGACAUGUUUUUGCUCUUCUUAGUAAGUCUUCAACUAUUUGUGAUCGUUCUUUCUGUCAAAUGAGGAAAACCUGCUUACACUUA